AUGGCGUUCGGCAAGCUCUUCACCUACCCGGCCAACCCCCGCACCACGGCCAUCCGCGCCGUCGCGAAGGCCAACAACGUUGACCUCGAGUUCAUCGAGGCCGACACUACCAAGCCUUCCGCCGAGCACCUCAAGGCCAACAAGCUCGGCAAGGUUCCCGCCUUCCUCGGCGAGGAUGGAUACCCUCUGUCCGAGUGCAUCGCCAUCGCGAUCUACAUCACCUCCCAGAACGAGAAGACGACCCUUCUCGGCAAGACCAAGCAGGACUACGCUUCCAUCCUGAAGUGGAUGUCGUUCUUCAACUCCGAGGUCCUCCCCCCCAUGGGUGCCUGGUACCGCCCUCUCCUGGGCAAGGACACCUACAACAAGAAGGCCGUCGAGGACUCCUCCAAGGUCGCCCUCAAGGCCAUCAAGGUCGUUGAGGAGCACCUCCUCAGCAACACCUACCUCGUUGGCGAGCGCAUUACUCUCGCCGACCUCUUCGCCGCCGGCAUCAUUGCCCGUGGCUUCGAGUUCUUCUUCGACAAGCAGUGGCGCCAGGAGAACCCCAGCGUCACCCGCUGGUACGACACCAUCGUUAACCAGGACAUCUGGACCGCCGUUGCCGAGAAGCAGGAGUACCUCGAGACCCCUAAGCUCACCAACGUCGCCCCCAAGAAGCCUGAGCAGCCCAAGAAGGAGGCUGCCCCCAAGGCCGCCCCCGCCCCCGCCGCUGAGGAGGCCGCCCCCGCCCCUAAGCCCAAGCACCCCCUUGCUGAGCUUCCCCGCGCCUCUUUCGACCUUGAGGAGUGGAAGCGCCAGUACUCCAACAUCAAGAACCACGAGGAGGCCAUGAAGUGGUUUUGGGACAACGUCAACCUGGAGGAGUUCUCCCUCUGGAAGGUCAAGUACAAGUACAACGACGAGCUCACCCUCACCUUCAUGUCCAACAACCUCAUUGGUGGCUUCAACAACCGCCUCGAGGCUUCCCGCAAGUUCAUCUUCGGAUGCGCUGCCGUCUACGGCCAGAACAACGACUCCGUCAUCGAGGGUGCCUUCGUUGUCCGUGGCCAGGACUUCAAGCCCGCUUUCGACGUCGCUCCCGAUUACGAGAGCUACGAGUUCGAGAAGCUCGACGGCACUAAGCCCGAGGACCGCCAGUUCGUCUCUGACUCCUGGGGUUGGGAGAAGCCCACCACCCAUAACGGCAAAGAGUACCCCGUUGCCGACGGCAAGGUCUUCAAAUAA